CAUGAACAAGUACUAGUGACCCAUAUUGAUAAGGGGGCAUGAGUAUUCACGUUCGAUAUGUAACACGGAAGUAAAAUAACUACGCCUAUAUUUAAAGAAACUACAAACUGCUACUCAAGAAUUGUCUUUCAAGUGUCAUUUUCAGUUAGGUGAUUUAUUAAAAUAUGGAAAUAUUAGAAACGAAAGUAAAUAAAGACGGUUAAAAAAUCAGAACAGAAAUGGAAAUGAAAGACAUACGUUCCUCCAAACACGGAGAGUUAAAUGGCGGCUUUGCUUCGCCAAAACAUGACCAUGCCAGAAGAUCGUUCGACAAAUAUUUGGCAAGUGUUGAUACGGACAAUGCAAAUGAACAAGUUUUAACUCAAGUUACAGAUCUUCAGAAGCUUAUCAAGGACAUCAAGACAAAAGAGACGACAAAAACGGAUAACAUUGAGAAACAGAUUAACGAAGAAUCCAUGGAAAUUGAAACUAUACGACAGAGGCUUCAGUCUGUGACGAAAUCAAAAGAGCAACCGAAAACAGACGACAGAUUGAAGUUCCGAGAAAAAUACAUCAUGUUCUGUGCGACCGAGAGAAAGCAUAUGUGCGAGUUACUUGGUAGUGCAGAGAAAACCUGUGAAAUCUUAAAGGAAUGUUAUAAUCAUUGUGAGAAAUUACAUAAAAGCAAUCGAGAUAGUAUGGUCAAAGAUAAUCUUAUAUCACAAAAACCAGAUCCCAGGGAAUCAGAAGAUAUAUCACAACUACAGAAACAGUUUUCAGGGGAGACGUCAAAGUCUUUGCUACAAAAACUUCGAGACAACAGUUCACCUUCAAAUCCCCUAUCAACAACAUAUAGUGAUAUAAAGAAACAAUAUGCAGAAACUGAUAUAAACGGAACGACUGACCUUUUUUUCGAAAAAGUCUUAGACAUUUGCUGGACGAUGGUUGCAUACUGUCCGCCAAUGAAAUUUUGCUAUGAUAAAUGUAUUAAAAACGACUUUGAGCAAAAAAUAGAUUUAAAUGAAAAAGUGAGUCCAGAAUCUUCAAAGAAAUCAUCUCAGAAGCUAAAGAAACCCAAGCAUCAAGACACAGACCAUCUUGAAUUGAAAUAUCCAUCUGUAAUGCAGGGUCAAUGCCUUAUUGCAAAAGGACUUAAACAAAAGAAAGUUUUUGGAAAAUAAAUAUCGACUUCAACAAAUUGUACACAUUAGACUUUAUAAAUAGAUUCAAUUAUUAAUUUAGGAAUCACAAUUUCAGAAUGUAUUGGAUACUGAUUAAGAGAAAUGUACACAAGCAUAUCCCAUUUGUUUGUUGAUGCGUAUUGCAUAUAGACUUCCUUUUGACAUUUAGUCCAAUUCUGUUCUGCCAAGGAGACAUAUUUAACCUUGUUAUUCCGCUCGCGUUUUGACCAAUAAACAAACAGAUUCUUAUCCUAGAGUGAAAGCAUUAAACAAAAGGUUGUGUUUAUGUCAUUCACUUAACUUAAUUGUGUAAGAGUUAUAUCUAUACAUAGAAAUAUAUAAAUUGCCAUUUUAUGUAUGCAUUUUCGGUAGAAUAAGACACGUAGCUCUGAUUCCUUUCACGGAUUUGGCUAUACUUUUUGGAACUUUUGGAUUAUAGCUCUUCAUCUUUUAUAUUAGCUUUGGAUUUCAAAUAUUUUGGCCACGAGCAUCACUGAAGAGACAUGUUUUGUCGAAAUGCGCAUCUGGUGCAAGAAAAUUGGUACCGUUAAUUUUUUUUACUAUUAUUGACAUUUGUUUUUUGCUACUUUUCGCUCAUAUUAUUACUAACACAAAACAUCUACGACAAAUAUUCAUUGGAUAUCUGUCGUUUGCACAAUCAUUGGUGCAUACAUUUUUAGGGAAAAACUGAAGUUGAAACUCUAAUGAGAAGCGAAGUAGUCAAUUUAAUAAAUUAUUUUAGAAUUUCAAUUUCGCAAUUAACAGGAUACAUGUGCAUUUAUAAUUACAUAUUAUUAUAAAUUGAUGUGUACAAUGAUUUAGAGCGCUUAGUAUGAUUUGUUUCAUAUAAAAAAAAACAGGCAUAUUCACUUAGGAUGUAGUUUAAGUGCUAAUGUUACCUCUUAAAAGUAUAUACAUGUACAGUAUUUUACUAUUUUAAAAUUUCAUUUUCAAACUGCACACAAUAAGAUAUUUGUAAGUUAGGGAUGUUUAAUAUUCUUAACAACAAUUUAACUCGUUAAGACGGAAAUAAAAUUAAUUAAAUUGUAUCAUAAAAUUGGCACAUUGUGUAUUUAUAAUUUCGGCUACAGUGCAUGCAUUUUAAGUAGUUGUUUCCUUUUGUUUAACUUGUCUCUUCCUUGGUGCAAUAUAUGUACAUGUAUGCUGUUCCGUACUGUAUAAUCAGAUUGUAGAAAUAUUUAUUAUAUUAUAUUACACAGAUAAAAUUAUAAUUAUAGUAUUAAGAUACAACUCAUACUCAUUGUAGAGUCGUACCACAGAGACUCGGUUAGCAGUUUAAAUAUAAAUAAAAUAUAUAUAUAUUUUUGUAUCAAUAUAUUUUUUUUCUAGCAUUGUGCAGUUUAUUCUCCAUAUCUGUAUACUGAACAAUAUUUUUUUUAAUCUGCUAACUGAUGCAAUAUCUAAUGUAAAUACAGUUAGGCGUACCAAAUACUGAAACAAUCCGUUAUUCUCAUAAUGUUGUUAACGUGCAUUUUAUUUGUUCUUUGAUCUACACUCAUUUUAAGGUUGUACAUUUGAACCUACUAAAAUCAAACCACAUGGUUCUUAUAUCGUAGUAGAGUUUUAAACGAUUGUUUUCUUUGCACAUAACCUUAUUGUUGAAUUAAUAUUGAUUAUACUUUAUUUAUUUGUUUAAAAGAAAUUCAGUUGGUAAAUUAUCAAUUAUUAUAAUAUUACAUGUAUUAUUCUGAAUAAAAUUGUUUUAAAAAC